CCCCUCCCCCCCCGCCGGUUCCCCGCCGCCGCCGCCGCCAUUAGAGGGCCGCUUUGUGUCCGCCGGGCCCACGGGUUGACUCCUCACUGCACUGUGAAAACCAUUAGGAAAAAAUCCUUGGGGUUAAAACCUGGGGCUCCACCCUCUUACCUGCACUCGGGGCUAGACAGUCAUUUAAAUGGCGACUGAGCUGUCUGAAGCUGAACCCGUGCAUCAUAAGGCGCUUCCACUCUUAGCGGGAGCUCAGCUGAUCCACACGGACAAGUUAUGUGAGAAGGCUGAGGACGACGCCAUGCCCAUCCGCCGCUCCGUCAACUCCUCUGCCCGGGAAACUCCUCCCAAGAGCAAACCUGCUGAAGGGGAAGAGGUGAAAGCAGAUGCAGAAGUCACCUCUGAGGAAUCUGCCUCUGCUGGAGAAGAACAAGAGAGUGAAACCCUGCCUGCUGCAUCUGGUGAGGCAGAACAGCCAAAGGAACCUGAGAAUGAAGGGAAGGGGGAAACAAAGUCCUCAGAAGAAACCAAAAAGGAUGAGAAGGAUCAGUCCAAGGAAAAGGAGAAGAAGGUGAAGAAGACCAUUCCUGCGUGGGCCACUCUCUCUGCUAGCCAGCUAGCCAGGGCACAGAGGCAAACUCAGAUGGCUGCCACCUCCCGUCCCAAGAUGGAUGCUAUUUUAACCGAGGCCAUCAGGGCAUGCUUCCAGAAGAGCGGUGCCUCAGUUGUUGCCAUACGGAAAUACAUCAUCCACAAAUACCCUUCCCUGGACCUUGAGAGGAGAGGCUACCUGCUGAAGCAAGCACUGAAAAGGGAGCUGGAGAGGGGAAUCAUUAGGCAGGUGAAAGGAAAAGGAGCUUCUGGGAGCUUUGUCGUGGUGUCUAAUGCAGGAAAAACUGUUCCAAAGUCCAGAGACAGAAAGAAAAGCACUUCAGCCUCAGCUGCAGAGCAGCAGGUCAAGCUGGAAGAUGUCCUGCCGCUGGCUUUCACCCGCCUCUGCGAGCCCAAGGAAGCUUCUUACAGCCUGAUCAAGAAAUAUGUGUCUCGCUAUUACCCCAAGCUCAAAGUAGACAUCAGACCCCAGCUGCUGAAGAACGCCCUGCAGAGAGCUGUAGAGAAGGGCCAGUUAGAGCAGAUCACAGGCAAGGGAGCGUCUGGGACAUUCCAGCUGAAGAAGACAGGGGAGAAGCCCCUGCUGGGUGGGACUCUGAUGGAAGACGCCAUCCUGUCUGCUAUUGCGGCCAUGAACGAACCGAAGACCUGCUCCACCACAGCGCUGAAGAAGUACAUCCUGGAAAACCACCCAGGGACCAACUCCAACCUGCAGGUGCACCUACUGAAGAGAACCCUGCAGAAAUGUGAGAAGAAUGGAUGGAUGGAGCAGAUUUCUGGGAAGGGAUUCAGUGGAACCUUUCAGCUUUGCUUCCCUUAUUAUCCCAGCCCAGAUGUGCUCUACCCAGAGAAGCAGCAAGAUGAGGACUCUGAGGAAUCUGAUGAGGAUGAAGAUGAGGAAUCUGAGGAAGAGGAAGAAGAGUCUGAAGAGGAAGAGUCUGAAGAGGAAGAGCCACCACCAAAGAAGAGGAUGCAGAAGAGGCCGCCUCCGAAAUCACGGAGCAGGGCCCCUCCCAUGAAGCGAAGGGAAUCCAAACCCAAGCCGAGAAAAACCCCUGCAGCCCACCGGGGGAAAGCAAAGCCUCCUCCUAAGGUUAAAACCCCUGCUAAGAAAGCCAAACCAGCAGCCCCAGCCAUCAAGAAGCCUUCUGGUAGCAGCUCUUCCAAGAAACCAGCAGCCAGCGGGAGGAAGGAAGUUGCCAAGGGCAAGUCCACCAUGAGGAAAUCCCUGCGGGCAAAGAAGUAAAAACCCUUUCCACCCUCAGGGAACCCCAUGGGCAAAUCCACCACCUUGUUUUAUAAGUCAACGUGCAUUUGUAUUUUAGUUCUGAUGCUUAAACACUUCUUUCAUUUCUUUUUUUUAAGUUUUUUUUUUCUCUUGAAUGAUUGGGGGGAGGGGGAAAGAGGGGGGAAAAAAACCCCAAACCCCAAGCUUGAAAAACUAAAGCAACUGACCCCAAAGUCAGCGCUGUGCCUGGAGCUGCCCCUCCCCUGGAACAAGUCGUCUUUAGUUUCUGCAAUAACUGUAGGACUUUUCUAGGGCCAUAUAUAAUCUGUACAUUUUAUGGUGUUCCUCUUGGGUGGGGAGGGUGGGAGGGAGGGGAAGAGGGGGGGGUGGGCUUUCAAAACUUCUUCAGAGAAGAUCUUUUUAUCUUCAGACAGCAGGAACAGGAUGAUUGGGGGAAUGUGAUUCUUAAUUGAGGAGGUGCAGCAGCGGAAGAGUCCUCCCUAGAUCCCCUGCAUGAUGAGGUCCUUAACGCUUCUGUGAAGAAGCAGUGUAAAUACAGCACUUGCACUGAGCCCUGGAGGUGCCCCUGCUGGGCUGAGGGGGUGGCAACUUCUGCUCCUUCGGGCCAGCCAGGUUUGUGUGACAGCCAGUCAGACCCUCGGGACCUUCCGCUGAGGGUCUGAGCCUGGAGGGGGCGGUUCUGGGUGAAGUGGGUGAUUCGAAUUCGUGUUUCCAUGCCACAUCUGUUACCUUGAAAACCAAAAUAUAUUCCAGAAGUCUCCUUCAAUCCAACUUUGAGUCGUUUUUAAGAGAUGGAGAGCCUGAGUUUUGUCACCUCUUGUUUACCCUUUUUCUAAAGAGAAGCUGGAGAGCUAUACAGUUGCUAAUGUAGAGAUGUUGAUAAGUGAAGAACAUGCAGUUUGCUAAAAUAAAAUCAAACUAGAUUCCA